GAUCACAUUCUGAGAGUGGUAGAAAAGUAGUAUCGCUGUUUAUAUCCAUGUUGAAGUUCUGGGUAGUCUAGAUCUAGACUAGAUCUAUAUACGUCGUUACGAAUUUUAGGCAUUUGAACCUUAGCUUUGUGUGCAGUUGACCAUGAUAAGUGGCUGGUGUAUAAAAUGGGAGGGGACAAUUCAUUCAUUGCUUUAAGUGAGCGUGGCGAAGUACCUCCCGAUCUCAUUUGACUUGUUAUUUAGAGUUAUUUAUUUGUGUUCUGAUGAGGAUACUCUGCUGUGUCGACUGUGUUGACAGCUGACUUUUUUUUUGUUAUUCAUUGUUGUGUUGUGUCUAGUCUACUUCUACGGCUUAGCAUUAGCCUAGGCCAUUUAGACUUAGGCCAGUUUGAGUUGGAAACUUGACUAAUCUAUUUCGUUUUCAAAACGGUUUUGGAUUAUCAAUUCAACAAAAAUACUGAAUACAAGAAAUUCUUUUACAGGCUGCUUCAGAAUGGUAGUUAAUUUUAAACAGUAACAUUAUAAUUUUGCUACUUGAAAUAAAAUGACAUUCACUUGGAAUUGAGUUUUCUAAAAAUGGCUCACAGGCAAACCUACCAAGCAUAUGACACUUAUUCACGGAAAUCACAUCCUGGCCAAGGCCAUAAUGGAUUUGGAAGAGGCCAUUACCAAAAGUCCUACCAUGAGCCUAAAAACAGAAUGCCGUACAAUGACAUGCAGGCAUACAAUGCUUCAACAGACUGUUGGCAAUAUGCCAUGAAUGCAUCAGGUAAAAAUGCAGCAGCCACACCAAAAAAUGCAGCUAAUCAGUCAAAGCAAACUCUCCCAAACAAUGUUUUAGAUAACUACCUUGAACAACUAUCAAAUGUUUGGCACAGCAGGGAAUUCAUCGAUAACAAGGCAAAGGGAGAAGCAAUCUACUCGAGGCUGGUUGCAUUUAUGAAAGAUAGUCCCAACCCAUGGGAAACUGCUCUGUACUUGAUAACAUCAGCAUCAGAUUAUAGUGCAGCUAAAACUACCACAUUGUCUUUCACAAUUCUGACACAGUUUCAAAAAUGGGUGGCCUCUUCAGAGAACACGCAUCAUGGCAAAGAAGACAGUUUUCUUUCUGAAGAUCUCCGCUCCAGGGUUUUCUAUGCAACUUCAGGGAGACACAUGCCUUAUUUUAAAACUGCUGUAAAAGCUUUUCUGCUGGAUAAUCCUGGCAAUGUAUAUCUAUUACCUGCAUGCAGAGCUCUGUUGGCUAGAAACAAGUUGGCAGAGUGUGCUCAAAUAGUUUGUAUCCUUGGACUUCAGUCUCAUUUCUCACAAUCAGAGAUAUUGGUGCCCUUACUUUUGACAGACAAAGUUAACGUCAUUGAAUCCUAUGUGAUGGGAAAUCCUGAGCAGCAAGCUUUGAUUCUAUCCCUCUUGGAUUAUUUGUGUGCACGCACCACUGAUGUCAUAUCCUUUGUGCAGAGCACUGGCAUUAUGUCUGUGAAGGGAGAAAAACUAAGUAAAAAGGUUUUAAGCAAGUUUGCCAUGAAGCUUAUGAAAUUAUAUGACAUACCACCAGAGGCCUGUCCAAAUAUCUCUGAAAAUAGAGCAAUGGGAGCAAUCAGAUAUCUUUUGUACAAGCGAUACAUUGAGAAAUCUAUUGGCUAUGAUGGAUGGGAUGAUAUGGUAGAGAGUGCUGUUGGCAAUAAUAGUAGUUUAAAACAACAGCUAAUAAUGGAGCUUCUCAGCUACAAUGAUAUAACAGAGGCAGUCAAAUGGGCAGACAGAUACAAACUUCCUGACAGCUCUUUGGAUCCAUGUGUUGUUGAAGCCAGGGGACAAUUAAGGCAGAACAACAUUACAGAGACUGAAACAAAGAAGGAAAUGGACAUAGAAGAGAACUGGGAGGAUGACAUCACAGACAGUGUGCACUACCAGUUUCCACUCCCACAAAGUGCUAUCACAGUGGUGGAGGAUAAGGUGGACCUGAAAGCUUGUCUGGAAAGAAUUACUAUACCAGAAACAGUUAUAGGCAUUGAUGCUGAGUGGAAGCCUUGUAUGGGUGCAACUGCUGAACAAGUGGCUCUCCUUCAACUAGCAGUCUGUGAUCAUGUCUAUCUGCUGGACAUGAUGGAAUUAAGGAAUAGACUGUUGGAAGAGGAAUGGGUUACCAUGAUUUCUACAAUCUUCUGUGAUGACAAGCUUGUCAAAAUAGGCUAUGGCUUAGAUACAGAUCUGAGAAUGUUAGUUAAAACAUUACCUUGCUUAAAGGAACCGUUGUCUAAGAUGGUGAGAGUAAUUGAGCUGGAAAAAUUUGCUAAAACGGUUUUCAAUGACUAUGACACCAAUUUGAUUGACAUGAAGCCUGUAAGUGAAGACCAAUCCCCAGUGAUUGUCAAAAAAACAAUGAACGAAUUUGUGCCCAAAUCAGAAGAAAAAGGCUUAAGUCUACUUGUGAAAAACACAUUAGGCAAGCCAUUGAGUAAAGGGGAACAGAUGUCCAACUGGGAGAGACGUCCACUCAGAUCAUCUCAGAUAUCUUAUGCUGCACUUGAUGCAUUUGUUCUUCUUGAGGUCUACAAAGUCCUUCUGUCUCAAGGGAAACAACUUGGGUUGGCCAAGUAUGAGAUGGAACCACCAGUUGUCUUAAAAUUGAAAUCAAGAAUGGAUAAGAAAAGAGACAUGGUCGCUGGUGCCAGCAAGACCAAAUUGUCAAAGGCUGUGUCUUCUACAGCUACCUGUAUUCAGAAUGGUGUUAAGUCACCAAGUGAGUAUAGAUUUGUUUGUGACACAAUGUUGCAAGGCUUGGGCAGCCAGCUACGAAGUGUUGGUAUUGAUACUUUUAUCCUGACUGAUGGGCAGAGACAACCUGAUGCUAUUCAGUUAUCAUUGAGAGAGGAUCGCAUUGUCUUGACCUCAGGGAGGAACUUUGAUAAGCUUCGCUUACGAGUGGGAGAUGAAAUGUGCUAUUAUGUUCGAAAUGAUGUAAGCUCAAUAAUUCAAUGCCGUGAUGUGUUAAGACAUUUUAACAUCAAGAUAACUAAAGAUGACAUAUUUAGUCGUUGUUCGAUGUGCAACUCUCUCGACUUUAUCACACUUCCCAGUAAAGAAAUGGAAAAGUUGUACAUAUUCAAUUCUCAGCAGCGGAAACUGGGUUACACAGUACAGGCAGACUCUAUUAUUUCAUUAUUGGACAUAGAUCUAGAGACACAGAUGACAUUUGCUAACUAUGGCAUUGACGCAGCUACACUUAAGUUGCUACACAAUGGGGUUAAAGUUCAGGUUGACAAUCUUACUAAAGAAGAAGCUUUUUCUACAAUCAAGGAAUUUUACAUCUGCACACACUGUGGAAAAGUUUACUGGAUUGGCUCACAUUACUCAAGAAUGUGCGCACAGUUUGAUAACAUACUUAGCUUGACGACAGAGGAAGUGACCUUUAACCCUGAAGAGCUAUUUGAUGACGACCAGGAAGGAUAUUCUUAUGAUGAUGGUGAUAAUCGUGGGGAUUAUGAAUUCUGAAAACUUUUUUUUUUCUAUGGAACUUCAAGCAAACUCAAAAUUACAUUCUAAAAAAAUGUAUUGGGAAUAAUAAAGUUCUAUGUUACUUACAUUGAUCAUUGUCAAACUAUUCAGAUAACACCAACCAGAUAAAGUUGUUUUAAAUAAAAUUAAAACACGACAAAGGCAGUCUUUUAAAUAUAUUUUAUUGAUAUUUUUAAUAAUCACACUGUAAUCAACUUAAAAUUUAUGUCUGUAUUUUUUUUUAUAUAUAAAAAUAAUGCAUCCGAAGAAAAAUAAAAGCAGCAUUAUGUUUUUUUUUAACUACA